AUGGCCGACCUAGACCACAUUCCCCCCUCGACAACGGCAUAUGUAGUCGCUACGGCUAUCAUCGCCGGUGUAACCGGUUACUUCCUCGGACAAGGCUCCUCGCUAGGCCUGUUCUCUUCGCAAGAAAAAGAAGGGUGGCCAAACAGCUACAAUGUGAAAGUGCACCGAGACUCCUCGGACGAAGAGGAAGAAGAAGAAUCCGACAGUGAGGACGAAGGCGAUGGAAGCGAAUUGGCCAACUUCGACAAGAAUGCUGAAGAAGUCAAGCUGGUUCUGGUUGUGAGGACCGAUUUGGGCAUGACGAAGGGCAAAAUCGCCGCUCAAUGCUCCCACGCCACCCUCGCCUGCUACAAGUACCUCACUGCGCACUCGCCGAACUCGUCUAUGCUGCGCCGCUGGGAAUCGCAGGGACAGGCUAAGAUUGCGCUCCAGACCAAGUCGGAGGAGGAAAUGGAGACCCUGCAGGCACAGGCUAUCAGCCUGGGUCUCUGCGCCAGGGUCAUCACCGAUGCGGGCCGGACACAGAUCGCCAGUGGAAGCAGGACGGUGCUUGGAAUUUUGGGACCGAAGAGUGUGGUCGACGGCGUGACGGGACACUUGAAGCUGUUGUAA